GGCCAUGGGCCGCAACGCUUUUGUUUUCUAGACGUGUUUUUCCAAGAGACAGAAGCAUGAAGAUUACAUGAGUAGGAAUCAUGUAAGCUUGAGUAGGACACCGAGUGAAGAGAGUGAUGGUGCCUUUGAAACGACGAGAGAUGGAAUACCCUAAUAAAGAGUAAAACUAAAUCAAAACCAAAAGGUGUGCUUCUUCUGGUACUAAGAACGGAAAUUCGCUAAAGAUGUUCGCAAAUCGCCUUCCCGCUUCGUCUCUGUGCAAUGUCGCAGGCAGUGCGACAAAUGUCGCAGGCAGCACCGGCAGGAGUGCGACCAUGUUGCGUAGAACGCCUUCAAUGCCCUCAACAAGUUCUGCAAUAUCGAACCACAAUGCCCUUCUCAGUGAGCUACCCUUACGCUCAUCACUAUCGAACAAGGGUCAUCUUCCUGAACUACAACUACAACGCCGUUCUUUCGCAAAUCGUGCUAUGCACGUGCCUAAAUUGUUUGGGCAAGUUAUGCGAGAGGUGAAGACCCAGUAUCCACCUAGGAGGCGCUCUAAAGUCUUCAGACUGCCGAUUCAUUCGAAACUGUGCUGUGUGACGAAAGUUAAGGCUUCCCCUUCCCCUAUUAAUCUGUUUUCAGGUCCAGAUGAACUGAAGUGAGUAUCUUGGAGACGCCCUCUGUUUGGCUUUCACAGGGAAGGAAACUCAGGAUUGCUUUCCAGAUUGAUUAGUCGUGGUGUGAGGAGCUCUAACAAAGGCCACUUCUAUCCUCCCAAGCCGAUACGAGCACCGGGUACCCUGACUCCCAUUUUGUUGUUCUCGAAAGCGCACACGCAUCGGCAGUUGGACAGCUUGACCGAGCAGGAAUGUUACAAGUUAUGAUUGGAGGUGGAUUCCUUUUUUUCUUGUCUUUUUCCUUAUAGAUAGCAAUAACUAUGUAUAAUUAGUACCAGUGCACCAUAGCUUGUUGCUGAGAAGGAUGGCCCUAGUGGUUCGGCUGUACGACCCUCUUUUGCGCAGCAAAAGGUCCUGCUUGAUGUCCAAUGAGUUGCUUCUAAUUUCCUUAGUCGAACUCUUGCCAGAAAUCCUAAAGGAGUUCGAACGGGCAGAAAAGCAGAAAGAUGAGGUAGAGGCUGAGGACCAUAAAAGAUGCUUUCUGUGGCCGUGAACAUUGGUAACAACUGCUUAUCUUGGACGCUCGUCUUUUUCGACGAUACCAUGAUGUUGAGAUGAAACACGAACCACUUUUAUCGGAACAUUAUUUGGAG